CUAAAGAAAUGUCAAAUCUUCAAUUUGUCAUUCUGUUUUGCUUAAUACUUAACGUAAAUCUUCAACAAUAUAAUUAUCCCAAACUCAGUCGUGGCUUAAGUGACAGGAACUGUGGAGCAAAAACCUCUUGGUUUUUGUGUGACUACGAAUCAUAUGGAAUCAAACCAGCUUUUGAGAACUCGAUAUGCAUACAAAGCGGUACGACGAGCUGUGUCUCAACAUUUUUGUUGAAUUUUUCACGCGGUCAUCUCAGUUUAUCCGCCUAUCUCAGACUGGAUUCAGAUAAAAGUGGUUUGAUAAUUACUAUAUUUGAUCAAUAUGAUACUUCGAGAGUUACUUAUGACUACAAUAAGUUCAAUGACGGAUAUAAUGAUGGGUGGAAUACAAUUGUGCUAAAUAUUGAUGAGGAAUUCGUUGGAUACAUUAACUUCUUAGGUCUAAGCAAUAAUGAUGACGUUAUCUUACUAGACCCUUUUGGGUUAACUGAUGUGAAACUAAAUUCUGGUCAAAAUGCAAUUAUAACGAAACAAGACACGGUAGUUCAAGCUGAAUCAAAAACUCAUUAUAAAGUUAAACGUGAUACCGUAGACUUAUCAAAGCAAAAUCCUAUUAAAAAAACUGACAGUUUUUUGGAAGAAUUACAAAUAAAAGAUCUGAAUGUAAAUCCUGAUAAAUCAAAUCCUGAACUCCAACUUGAGUCUGAAUCGGAACCUGAAUCACAGCUGGAGCUGGAUUCCGAGUCUGAACCAGAGCCGGAAUCUGAACCAGAACCUGAAACACAGCCUGAGCCUCAACCAAAACCUGAACCACAGGCAGAUACCGAACCUGAACCUGAACCUCAGCCUCAGCCAGAGCCUAAACCAGAACCCGAAUCUCAGCCUGAGCCUGAACCAGAACCUGAACCUCAGCCAGAGCCGGAGCCUGAACCUCAGCCAGAGCCUGAACCAGAACCUCAGCCAGAGCCUGAACCUCAGCCAGAGCCUGAACCAGAACCUGAACCUCAGCCAGAGCCUGAGCCUGAACCGGAACCACAACCUGAACCGGAACCCGAGCCACAACCUCAGCCAGAGCCUGAGCCUGAACCUCAGCCUGAGCCCGAACCAGAACCCGAACCUCAGCCAGAGCCUGAGCCUGAACCGGAACCACAACCUGAAACGGAACCCGAGCCACAACCUGAACCUGAACCACAGCCAGAGCCGGAACCUGAAUCCGAACCUCAGCCAGAGCCUGAGCCUGAACCGGAACCACAACCUGAACCGGAACCCGAGCCACAACCAGAACCCGAACCUCAGCCAGAGCCUGAGCCUCAACCGGAACCACAACCUGAACCGGAACCCGAGCCACAACCUGAACCUGAACCACAGCCAGAGCCGGAACCUGAACCCGAACCUCAGCCAGAGCUUGAGCCUGAAACUCAGCCUGAGCCAGAACCAGAACCCGAACCUCAGCCUGAGCCAGAGCCUGAACCUCAGCCUGAGCCUGAACCUGAACCACAGCCAGAGCCUGAGCCAGAGCCGGAGCCUGAACCUCAGCCUGAGCCUGAACCAGAACCCGAACCUCAGCCAGAGCCUGAACCUCAGCCAGAGCCUGAGCCGGAACCAGAACCUCAGCCAGAGCCUGAGCCUGAACCGGAACCACAACCUGAAACGGAACCCGAGCCAGAACCUGAACCCGAACCUCAGCCUGAGCCUGAACCAGAACCCGAACCUCAGCCAGAGCCUGAACCUCAGCCAGAGCCUGAGCCGGAACCAGAACCCGAACCUCAGCCAGAGCCGGAGCCUGAACCUCAGCCUGAGCCUGAACCAGAACCCGAACCUCAGCCAGAGCCUGAGCCUCAACCGGAACCACAACCUGAACCGGAACCCGAGCCACAACCUGAACCUGAACCACAGCCAGAGCCGGAACCUGAACCCGAACCUCAGCCAGAGCCUGAGCCUGAACCUCAGCCUGAGCCAGAGCCUGAACCUGAACCACAGCCAGAGCCUGAGCCAGAGCCGGAGCCUGAACCUCAGCCUGAGCCUGAACCAGAACCCGAACCUCAGCCAGAGCCUGAACCUCAGCCAGAGCCUGAGCCGGAACCAGAACCUCAGCCAGAGCCUGAGCCUGAACCGGAACCACAACCUGAACCGGAACCCGAGCCACAACCUGAACCUGAACCACAGCCUGAGCCAGAACCUGAACCCGAACCUCAGCCUGAGCCUGAACCAGAACCCGAACCACAGCCAGAGCCUGAGCCUGAACCGGAACCACAACCUGAACCGGAACCCGAGCCACAACCUGAACCUGAACCACAGCCUGAGCCAGAACCUGAACCCGAACCUCAGCCUGAGCCUGAACCUGAACCCGAACCUCAGCCAGAGCCUGAGCCUCAGCCAGAGCCUGAGCCGGAACCAGAACCCGAACCUCAGCCAGAGCCGGAGCCUGAACCUCAGCCUGAGCCUGAACCAGAACCCGAACCUCAGCCAGAGCCUGAACCUCAGCCAGAGCCUGAGCCGGAACCAGAACCUCAGCCAGAGCCUGAGCCUGAACCGGAACCACAACCUGAACCGGAACCCGAGCCACAACCUGAACCUGAACCACAGCCUGAGCCAGAACCAGAACCCGAACCUCAGCCAGAGCCGAAGCCUGAACCACAGCCUGAACCUGAACCAGAACCCGAACCUCAGCCUGAGCCUGAACCAGAACCCGAACCACAGCCAGAGCCUGAGCCUGAACCGGAACCACAACCUGAACCGGAACCCGAGCCACAACCUGAACCUGAACCACAGCCUGAGCCAGAACCUGAACCCGAACCUCAGCCUGAGCCUGAACCAGAACCCGAACCUCAGCCAGAGCCUGAGCCUGAACCGGAACCACAACCUGAACCGGAACCCGAGCCAAAACCUGAACCUGAACCACAGCCAGAGCCGGAACCUGAACCCGAACCUCAGCCGGAGCCUGAGCCUGAACCGGAACCACAACCUGAACCGGAACCCGAGCCACAACCUGAACCUGAACCACAGCCUGAGCCAGAACCUGAACCCGAACCUCAGCCUGAGCCGGAACCUGAACCCGAACCUCAGCCGGAGCCUGAGCCUGAACCGGAACCACAACCUGAACCGGAACCCGAGCCACAACCUGAACCUGAACCACAGCCAGAGCCGGAACCUGAACCCGAACCUCAGCCGGAGCCUGAGCCUGAACCGGAACCACAACCUGAACCGGAACCCGAGCCACAACCUGAACCUGAACCACAGCCAGAGCCGGAACCUGAACCCGAACCUCAGCCAGAGCCUGAGCCUGAACCGGAACCCGAGCCACAACCUCAGCCAGAGCCUGAGCCGGAACCACAACCUGAACCGGAACCCGAGCCACAACCUGAACCUGAACCACAGCCUGAGCCAAAACCUGAACCCGAACCUCAGCCUGAGCCUGAACCAGAACCCGAACCUCAGCCAGAGCCUGAGCCUGAACCGGAACCACAACCUGAACCGGAACCCGAGCCAAAACCUGAACCUGAACCACAGCCAGAGCCGGAACCUGAACCCGAACCUCAGCCGGAGCCUGAACCGGAACCAGAACCCGAACCUCAGCCAGAGCCGGAACCUGAACCCGAACCUCAGCCGGAGCCUGAGCCUGAACCGGAACCACAACCUGAACCGGAACCCGAGCCACAACCUGAACCUGAACCACAGCCUGAGCCGGAACCUGAACCCGAACCUCAGCCAGAGCCUGAGCCUGAACCGGAACCACAACCUGAACCGGAACCCGAGCCACAACCUGAACCUGAACCACAGCCAGAGCCGGAACCUGAACCCGAACCUCAGCCAGAGCCAGAGCCUGAACCUCAGCCUGAGCCUGAACCUGAACCUCAGCCAGAGCCGGAGCCUGAACCUCAGCCUGAGCCAGAACCAGAACCCGAACCUCAGCCAGUGCCUGAACCUCAGCCAGAGCCUGAGCCGGAACCAGAACCCGAACCUCAGCCAGAGCCGGAGCCUGAACCUCAGCCUGAGCCUGAACCAGAACCCGAACCUCAGCCAGAGCCAGAGCCUGAACCUCAGCCAGAGCCUGAACCUCAACCAGAGCCUGAACCAGAACCCGAACCUCAGCCUGAGCCAGAACCAGAACCCGAACCUCAGCCAGAGCCAGAGCCUGAACCUCAGCCAGAGCCUGAACCUCAACCAGAGCCUGAACCAGAACCCGAACCUCAGCCUGAGCCAGAACCAGAACCACAGCCAGAGCCGGAACCAGAACCCGAACCUCAGCCAGAGCCGGAGCCUGAACCUCAGCCUGAGCCAGAACCAGAACCCGAACCUCAGCCAGAGCCUGAACCUCAGCCAGAGCCUGAGCCGGAACCAGAACCCGAACCUCAGCCAGAGCCGGAGCCUGAACCCCAGCCUGAGCCUGAACCAGAACCCGAACCCCAGCCAGAGCCAGAGCCUGAACCUGAGCCAGAGCCUGAGCCUGAACCGGAACCACAGCCAGAGCCGGAACCAGAACCCGAACCUCAGCCAGAGCCGGAGCCUGAACCUCAGCCUGAGCCAGAACCAGAACCCGAACCUCAGCCAGAGCCUGAACCUCAGCCAGAGCCUGAGCCGGAACCAGAACCCGAACCUCAGCCAGAGCCGGAGCCUGAACCCCAGCCUGAGCCUGAACCAGAACCCGAACCCCAGCCAGAGCCAGAGCCUGAACCUGAGCCAGAGCCUGAGCCUGAACCGGAACCACAACCUGAACCGGAACCCGAACCACAGCCAGAACCGGAACCUGAACCCGAACCACAGCCAGAGCCUGAGCCUGAACCGGAACCACAACCUGAACCGGAACCCGAACCACAGCCAGAGCCGGAACCUGAACCCGAACCUCAGCCAGAGCCUGAGCCUGAACCGGAACCACAACCUGAACCGGAACCCGAGCCACAACCUGAACCUGAACCUCAUCCAGAGCCGGAACCUGAACCCGAACCUCAGCCAGAGCCUGAACCGGAACCCGAACCACAGCCAGAGCCUGAGCCUGAACCUCAGCCAGAGCCAGAGCCUGAACCUCAGCCAGAGCCUGAGCCACAACCAGAGGAAUCAACUAACAACGAAAAAACAAGCUUUUGGAAUCCCAUGACCAUAUCGUUGGUAGCUGUGGGGUCCUGUGUAGUGGUGUUAGUGUUAAUAGUAGGAGCAUAUCACAUAGGUAAAAUAAGAGGUCUAGAAAAUAACCACGUUUUAAUUGAUGAUAUAAGACCCAGGAGAAUGAUUCCCCGUAUAAGAAAUACUCGUCGCAAUUCCUUGAUUUAUGAUUAUGUAUAAAAAUUCUAUUGUGAAUACUGGAAUGUAUUUUAUUCUCAUAAUAAUUCCAUUCUUUAACAACUAGUGCUUAGUAUAACUGAUUAACUGCAAAAAAGAAAUAAAAAAAACAAUCUCAAGAACAAGAUGA